AAAGGUCCGUUUUGUCCAAAGCUUUCACUGACAUCACCACUUCUCGUUUUCCUCUCUUCUUCUCCUUCUUCUUCUUCCAUCUCCUUUUUUCUCUCCAUAUUUCUUCUGCUUCCUUUAAUCUCUCUCUCUCUCUCUACAUUUCGCGCUGGUUUUUUGACGAGAGAGAGAGAGAUAUCAGAUAUGGCGGCACUUAGUAAAUGGUCUUCUCUGUCUCUCUUUGCCCUUGCAUUGCUGUUCUUCCUAACAAUCGCUCUCGUUCGCAAAGAAGAGACCUCCAAAAUUAGGACUGUGUCUGCGGCGGAAUUUCAGAGCUCUAGCGACUCAUCAAUGGCGACUAGGGUGGAGAAUUAUGAUGUGGAGCAAGAACUCAACAAUGAACAUGCUGUGGACAAUCCUGAUGAGAUUGCUGCUUCGGUUGAGAUGAGUAUCCGUAAUAGCACUGAAAGGAGGAAGUUGGGAUUCUUCUCCUGUGGAACAGGGAAUCCCAUUGACGACUGCUGGCGUUGCGACUCCAAUUGGCACCGUAACCGUAAACGCCUUGCGGAAUGUGGCAUUGGAUUUGGACGGAAUGCUAUUGGUGGACGUGAUGGCCGUUUCUAUGUUGUCACUGAUUCGAGUGACAACGAUCCUGUGAACCCGAAGCCAGGGACACUUCGUCAUGCUGUUAUUCAAGAGAAACCUCUUUGGAUCGUGUUCAAAAGGGACAUGGUGAUUCGAUUGAAACAGGAACUCAUCAUGAACAGUUUUAAGACAAUUGAUGCUCGAGGGGUAAAUGUACACAUUGCUAAUGGCGCUUGCAUCACAAUCCAGUUUGUGACUAACAUCAUUAUCCAUGGUCUUCACAUCCAUGAUUGCAAACCCACAGGGAAUGCCAUGGUGAGAAGCUCUCCAUCUCAUUUCGGGUGGAGAACCAUGGCUGAUGGAGAUGCCAUUUCCAUCUUUGGUUCAAGCCAUAUAUGGAUUGACCACAAUUCACUCUCUAAUUGUGCUGAUGGACUUGUUGAUGCUGUUAUGGGCUCAACUGCAAUCACGAUCUCCAACAAUCACUUCACUCAUCAUAACGAGGUGAUGCUUCUAGGCCACAGUGAUUCCUACACGAAGGACAAGCAAAUGCAAGUCACCAUUGCUUAUAACCAUUUUGGAGAAGGACUCAUUCAAAGAAUGCCAAGAUGUAGGCAUGGCUAUUUCCAUGUGGUGAACAAUGACUACACUCACUGGGAGAUGUAUGCCAUUGGUGGGAGUGCAAAUCCCACCAUCAAUAGUCAAGGAAACAGAUAUGCUGCUCCAACCAACCCUUUUGCCAAAGAGGUGACAAAGCGAGUCGAAACACCGGAGAGCGAAUGGAAGGGGUGGAAUUGGAGAUCAGAAGGAGAUAUGUUGCUGAAUGGAGCCUAUUUCACUCCAUCAGGCGCUGGAGCUUCAGCAAGCUAUGCCAGAGCUUCCAGCUUAGGAGCCAAAUCUGCUUCCAUGGUUGGCUCCAUCACUUCUUCGGCUGGUUCACUCCCUUGCCGCCGAGGCCAUCCAUGCUAGGACUUGUGUCCUCCAUCAUUUAAACUUCAAACACCAAAUGUUAAAAAAGCCAUAGACAAAAAAGCCUUUCCUCUUCUUUCUGUUUGAUUUUCAAAAAACUUCCAUCAUUUCUCAUCCAUCAUCUCCUUUGUCCCUUCAUUCAAAUAGCCAUUUAACAAGUACACAUAUUUUUUCUUUUUUCAAACUUGUUUUUAAAACCUUCAUUCCACCAUUGUUGUUCAUCUGUUGGUUGCUCUCAACCUCGGCCUGCUUCAGCUGAAAAGAAAAUGCCAUUUUAGGGGCAGGUGCAGAAGCGUUGUCUCUUUUUUUUUUUUUUUUUUUUUUGGGUCUGUUUAUUUUACCACCAAGUUUAACUCAUCCUUCCAUCUCUUACCACAGUCAUUUUGUGAUGCAAUAUUGUUUGGUCAUUACACUAUGUUUUUACUCUGGGUUUUGUAUUUUCUUUUUUUCUUUUUCCCCUUUUGAGUCCAUGAGAGAGACAGCUUAAAGAAGAUUACAAAAGUUAAAAAGGAAAGUAGUGAUGUUGUUUGUUAUUGUUUUUGUCAGUUUUAUUGGCAUUUUGAUUUUUUCUUUUUUACUUUAGUGGGUAAUGUUAAGUUUUGGUUACAGUUGGUUAUGUUUAUAUAUACUCAUUAUUAUAGCCUCCCAAA